UUGACCGAAUGUGAUCGCCUGAAACAGAUUCCGCCAAAUGUGAUACAAAGAUUAUCCCAAUUAGAAGAACUAAUCAUUCGUGAUAGUUUCCUGAAUUGGGAUGUUGAAGGGACAACCUCAGAAAUAAGCAAUGCUAACUUAUCAGAGUUGAACUCAUUACCCCGCUUGGUUAUUCUCUCUCUACGUUUGAACUUUAAUCAUUUACCCGAAGGCUUUGUUUUCCCGGACUUGCAUAGAUAUUUCAUAUCGAUUGGUUGCCCGUUCGGCACUCCUGUGACACCUCACCACUAUGGUAGUUUCACAUGUAUUAACUCAAGAACCUUAGAAAUCAAAGAUUUGAAGACCUCCUCAAUGAACGCAUUUAAGUCGUUGUUCCGUACCGUGGAAUAUAUUUGGAUUGAGUCUUGUGAGAUGGAAUGCAUGGUUGAUACAAUUGGGGGAAAUCAUACCGCUACAUUCGGUACUUUGGUCCAACCAUAUCUAAAGGAAACGAGCUGUCUGAGAACAAUAUGUGAGGGGCCCAACCAGUAUGUAAUCUUCAGCAAUCUCACAUUUUUAAAUGUAGAUAAAUGUACGAGAUUGAUCAGUCUCUUCUCGCGGUCCCUUGCUCAAAGUCUAAAAAAGCUGAAAGAACCAAUAUGUCUCUCAAAAUUAGAGACUCUUGAGGUAAAGAAUUGCGGAAAACUGGAAUAUAUCUUUCCUAUCUCAGUUGUUCGAGGUCUUCAGCGACUAGAAAGGCUAAAAUUACGAGAUCUUCCUCGAUUAAAGAAAGUAUUCGGCCAGAACAGAGAAGGAGAAGUUGGGGAUUGCGAAAUAGAGAGUCACCAUCAAACUACAUGCUUCCCAAAAUUAAAGACUAUUGAGUUAGUGAAUUGCGGAAAUCUGGAAUAUAUAUUUCCGAUCUCAAUUGCUCGAGAUCUUCCCCAACUAGAAAGUCUAGAAUUAGAAGAUCUUCCUCAAUUAAAGCAAGUAUUUGGCCAUGAAGAAGGAGGAGAUGAUGGGGAUGGAAACAACAGCGUGCUAUCUAAGUUGAGAAACUUAAGAUUAUGGAACUUACCAGAGCUUGUCAGUUUUGGUGGAGGAAAUAGUUCUUCAGUUUGGCCAUCAUUGCCAUUGGAGAGGCUAGAAGUGUUGAACUGUCCUAAAGUGAAGUUGGCUGAUGUGGAAGCGAAUGUGCCAGCUCUGCAAAAGCUUCAAAAUUUACAGAUCUUGUCUGUGGACGAUUGGAAUGCAACUUCAUUUGAUUUGAUGCAAGGUUUGUCAAACUUGGAACAAUUAAAAAUUAGAAAUUGUGGAGGAAUCCAAGAGGUGAUUAAGCUUGAAGGGCUUCUUACUAUAAGAGGAGAACAACAGGUCCUGUUACUCCCAAGAUUGAAGAUAAUGUUCUUGAUGGAUCUACAUCAACUGAGGUGCAUAUGGAAAGGCCCAACUAAACUUAUAAAUCUCAACAAUCUUGAAUAUUUAAUAGUCGAAGAGUGCAAAAAAUUGACGCAUCUCUUCACACCGGCCCUCGCUCAAAGCUUACAAAAGUUGAAAUUUCUUGAAAUUGAAAGGUGUGACGAAUUGGAGCAUAUAAUUGUUGAAAAUGUAGAAGAACAGGUCUCAUCAGAGAAUCAUCUCCAACCUUUAUGCUUCCCUAAACUGAAAAGCGUCUAUGUCACAUGCUGCAAUAAAUUGAAAUAUCUCUUCCCCAUGACCAUCGCUGAUAGUCUUUCAGAACUAAAGAUUCUCAUGGUAAUAGAAAACUCUCAAUUAAAGGAAGUAUUCAAUCAUGAAGGAGACGCUGGAGUUCAGAAAGAUGUAACGCUCCCUCAACUAGAAUUGAUGGGACUCAAAGGUCUACCAAGCCUUGUUAACUUCUGCCCAAAGAACUAUCAGUUUAUACUGCCAAAAUGGAGGGAGUUAAGAGUGGAAAGCUGUAAGAACAGGAGGACGACUUUUACCCGUACUCCAGACAGAAGUGUGCUUAUAAAUGGAGAGGUAGCCCAGAUAGACGAGCCUACAGGGACUUCAACAAUUUCUCCAGUGCUUACCAUAUGCCCUGCCAACAACGAUAUAACAUGGAGGACAGAUGUGAAAGACAAUCCUACAGGUGACUACUAAUCAGAUGCAUUAUAUUUUUACAAAGAAUUCCAAAGAUGGUGAUUUGGAUUUAUUAUGAUCUUUUCUACACACGGGGCUUAAAUUUGUGGCGGGCUCAUGGAUGGAUGGACGUGCUACUUCUGUAGAGGUCUCCGUCCUCAAAAUAUUCUCGUCUCUGUAUUUCACAACUCUUUUGCUUUCUAUUUAUUUGAUGUGUGUGUUUUAUUUUAUUUUAUUUUUUUUAUAGAUAAUGUGUUUUUUCUUUUCAUUUCUUGAACAAGAGACAAAUAUUUGUACAACUUUUUUUAAGUGAUAAUAUAUGAUUACAACAUCAUUUUUACA